AUGCAAGAUUUGUCUUCAUUGGCACAAUGGGUUCAUGCACAUGAUGAAACUGAAAUCAUUAUAGAUCCUUUGUUGCAAACAAAUCAAGACUAUUUAACAGCACUUGCAAAAUACCACGAUGGCGAUCAUUUGGACGCAUGGAAUCUCGUUGAUAAUGUUCCAUUGCAAAUAUCGCAAAAAUAUCUCAAUUAUCGUGGUGCCAACUUUAUCCCAAUGUUAUGCCUUUUCCGUGAGAAGCUUUUUAAUUUAGUUAAUGAAAGUUCUAAUUCUAGAACAUUGAAUCAGCAAACAGCUCUUUGUGUUUUAGAGAACAUUGUUAAGCAUUCGUUUACGGGCUCCUUAAUGAGCACUAUUCCUAUAUUAUUAAAGACAAUUACAAUAAAAUCAGAAGCUCAACAGCUUCACCAUUUUUUAUCUGAAUUUGUGGAAUACAUAAAUUACAAUCAGAAAUUACCGUUUAGUGAUACAUUUGUUAUUGAUUUAUCUGUAUGGAGUCCAUUAAAUACAACUAUUGACCAAUUAAUUUCGAACCCAGAAAUUCAAACAACAUUAAAAGAGAUUAAUAUAUUUAAAUUUAUGAUGGCAAAAAUUGCUAGAAAAAGUUCAGCUUUAAAUUAUGCAGCUUAUAUCCUUGAUCAUUGGAAGCAAGAUAUUCCUGCAGAAGUUGUAUUUGAACAUUCUAAAAUGUUGUUUGCUCAAGGAUUGUAUCAAGAAGCUAUUGUCCGUGCAUGCUCACUUUUGCGCGAUGAGCAAUAUCCGUCCUUUGCAUUUUCAGAGACUUUAGUUUUUCGUCAAAAUGUGCUUUUAAAGCUGGCAAAGUGGUUACAGCAUCCAGAGUCACAAUUAGAUAGUGAGACUUCAUCUGAUUUAAAUAUCAUCUUCACUGAGUAUAUUGGUAGCCAAGAUUCGGAAGAAAAAAAUUUAGAACCUAAUUUAAUAAAUAGUAAACUGGUGGAAGCAUGUUUGUUUAGGGCGAUUAAUGGAGAAAAUCCGACUGCGAAAGCUUGGUUUGCCUAUGCUUCAUACCACUACCAAUAUGGUCGACAGAUAAUUGAUGAGUUAGGCAGCUGCAAGUUUUCUAUUAAUUUAUUGAGCUCCGCUAGUAAGAAAAUUCAGCAAGUUUUGACAAAUGAUUGGGAAGUUUCGAACAGUAAUAAUUUUACCGAUUGUGAUAUAAUAAUAAAAAACAUAUUUCGUAUGUUUUUACGCAGAGUUAGCUCUCUAUCAAGAUUGGAUCAAAAUGGUGAUAAUAUAUUGGAUUUUAAUGCAAUCCUUCCUUGGAUUUCACAAAAUUCAGUUGAUGAGAUUACAAAUGCAUUAAGUAAAGUACAAAAAGAGCUCUUUAUUGCUUAUAAAUCUGCUAUUGAUGGAUAUUUCCGAUUCUUACAAUCUACACGUGGAAAAAAUAACGUCCAAGAUACUCAAGAUACUCAAGCGGAUAUUCGCAUAGAACGUAUUGAGGAAUCUGAUAUAAUAACUGCAACUCUAAGGAUUUUAAGAUUACUUGUGAAGCAUGGACUGCUUUUUGAAGAAUCUUUUGUCGAAGGAUUUAAUAAUACUAAUAUUCGGUCAUGGGAAAAUAUAAUUCCGCAAGUGUUUUCGCGUUUAGAUCAUCCAGAACCUUUUGUUCAACAGCAGCUUUGUAAACUUUUGUGUUCAAUUGCUUCUGUUUCGCCACAGCUAGUUGUAUAUCAUACUGUUGUUGCCUCAAAUUCUAGUGGCACCAGCGACUUAAGUAAGCAACUACUCAAAAGAAUUGCUGAUAGUCUUGAUGAUUCCAAUGGAACAUUGAUCGUAGAAAUUCGACGUGUGAUCGAAGAGCUACAACGCAUUACAGUUUUAUGGGAAGAGCUUUGGCUCAAUAAAAUAAGUGGCUUACAACUUGACGUCAACAGACGGUUUCACAAAUUUGAACGCGAAUUCGAGAGAAUAAACGAUAAUCUCAAUCUUUCGUCAGAACAACGAAAUAAAAUUAUGAAAGAAAGUUAUGAUGCUAUUAUGAAGCCAGUAAUUUUAUCUAUCGAUCGAUUAUAUAAUAGUACUAUUGCUGUUGCUUCAACACAACAUGAGAAAUGGUUUUGUCAGACUUUUGGUAAUCGUAUUCAUGAAGCUCUGGAAAUUCUACGUACUCCAUUUUCAUGGGAAUCAUAUAAAUCGGGUUGGGAUCUUUUGCGCAAUGUUCAAAAAGAUUUAACGAAGGAAUUAAUGUCAAAUCGUUCGUUAAAAUUAAUUGAUGUCAGUCCAUAUCUGGGAACAAUCAAAUCUUCUGCGAUCGCUAUGCCUGGUUUACCUUAUCAUACGGAUACGGUGACAAUUCAAUCGUUUGAUGAAAACUUUAUAAUUCUACCUACAAAAACCAAGCCCAAAAGAUUAGUUCUCCUUGGAUCGGAUGGGCUGCAGUAUGGUUACCUUUUCAAAGGCCAUGAAGAUCUUCAUUUAGAUGAACGAAUUAUGCAACUAUUGCAGAUUACUAACGAUUUGCUCAAACGGGAUAAACAGACGCGUGCUCGAAGCUUGCGCGCGCGUAAUUAUGCUGUCAUUCCUUUAGGAAAUCAUUCAGGAAUGAUUCAGUUGGUAGAAAAUGCUACUCAAAUAUUUGUACUUUACAAAAAGUGGCAACAUCGGGAACAUUUUGCCAAGGUUUUACAAAACAACUCUGAAGAAUUAGCUGGAAACCCACAACGACCCAGUGAUAUGUAUUUUGAAAAAAUUGGCAAGGCUCUAAAAAAAGAAGGUUGGCCUGCAUCCACUUCGAGACGUAACUGGCCUCGCUCUGUUCUCAAAUCAGUAUUUCUUGAAUUAGUAUCAGAAACACCUUCAGAUCUACUUGAAAAGGAGGUUUGGGCAUCUUGUUCAAGUCCAAAAGAGUGGUGGAUUAAAAGCAUUUCUUUGUCACGUUCGCUUGCAGUUAUGUCUGUUAUCGGCUACAUAAUUGGUCUGGGAGACCGUCAUUUAGAUAAUAUUUUGAUAGACUUUGAGUGCGGAGAAGUUAUUCAUAUUGAUUAUAACGUGUGCUUUGAAAAAGGGAAAAAACUUCGAGUUCCUGAGACGAUUCCUUUCCGCCUUACACAAAACAUUGAAACUGUACUUGGUGUUACUGGAGUCGAGGGUGUCUUCAGGAUCGCAUGCGAAAAUGUUCUUAGGGUGUUGCGAGAAAAUAAAGAAAUUCUAAUUACAUUACUCGAAGCAUUUGUAUAUGACCCAUUAGUUGAUUGGCAUCAAGACAUGUCUGAAGGCCGCGAAAAACAAAUUAUGGAGAUUGAAGAAAAUUUAGGAUUGUUAAUUUCGAGAAUUGCUGAACUUAGGGUUCCCCUUGAGAAUAACCAAGGACAUCUUUCAAAUUUACUUUCUGAAUUUCUUACAGUUUUCAUGCGUAUAUGCGAACAUUACAUGAAUUUAUAUAAUCAACAAGUGGAAUUAUCUGAACAACCGAGUCAAAGUCAUAAGAUCGAUAUGCGGGAAUCUGCGUUCAUUCACAGUCAAAUUGAAUUAGAAGGUCUAAAAUCUGCUCUCUCACAAAGAGCUAAUGAAUGCGCACUUUGGCAUGCACAACACGAAAAAACUAUACAAUCUAUUCAAGGUCCUACACUCCAGAUUAUUUAUAAUGAAAUUUUUUCAUCAAGUUCGCAAAUAGGGGUAUCUAUUUUCACUCCAUUUUUGCAAGUUCUUACCACGAAUGAAUUUAUACUUCAACGUUGCAGCAAAAUUGAGCAAGAAUUCUUGAGUUGGAUGAAUGAACGCAACGUAGCUUUCAAAAACUGCCUUGAACGUUUGCAAUUUUAUAGAACUUUAGUAGUUCCUUUAGUUCCUGUGUUAAUGAUGCAAGAUUACUAUUCUAAAUGGCCUCAAUUAUUGGUUUCUUUACUCGAAUCGUCAUUUUCAAGUCAAGACUUCCAGGCCCUAUAUCAAAAAUCUAGUCUUCCAAUUGUUUCCGGUAACGCAUUGAAUCAUAUUCGUGACGAUCUUAAGAUAUCUUACACAAAUGCUGUGCAGGAAAGCGUAUCUCUUGCCGAAGCCUUAACUUUGGCUACAGAUAAAAUGGCCAUGAACGAAUCAACGUUACAUUCUAUGUUGAACAAUAUAUUCAACGAGCAAAAUUCUACGAGUUUAAAUUCACACCUUCUAUACUUAGCGAGCGUAUUAUCUUCACUAUCUGAGCUUCAUCAGUUCAUUAAGGAGUCGAAUGACAUGUCUGAUGUGUUCAAUCACGUCGGAUUUAGCGCUAAUUUUCAGACUGUUAUUAAAGAAACUCUGUCUAAUGAAACUCUCGAUAAAUCGUCAUUUUUAACACACGUAAUAAUUUUAUUGUCCAUUUAUCAUCAUGUUCAAAUGAUAACCGUGAAAAUCACUGAUGAAGAAAUACUUAGUCAGACAUUAGCUAUAGCCGCUGAACUUUUACAAUCAGUUCGGAUAAUUCUUAGCUUACAACAUAAUUUCGUGAACGUUAUAUUACCUAAGAUAUUUCUUUUAAUUCAUGGUUCACCAAAAGCUUUUGAACCUUUUACCGAAGUAUUACGUAGUCUAUCUACAGACGCUUUCAAUUAUUGGGGAAUGAAGCAUCCAGAAUCUCAUUACAUGGUGAAGUCCAUGAGUGAAUCAUUCAAGCGACUUUGUGAACAUACAUAUAGAGAAGGAAUUUCGCAAGCUGUUCAUUUAUUGAUUAUCGAAUUUGACGAGUUAUUCAAUAGCUUGAGGGAUACGUUGCUUAAGAUUCAAGCUCUUUUUAAAGAACUUAAAGAACACAGUUCAUCUAAAGACGGUCAAGAAGAUUUAAUUGAAGGCCGCCUUAUUGAUGACUUUAUUGUUCAUAAGCUCAAUGUUAUGGCUUGUGUUUUGUUGGCGUGUGACGAUUAUUAUAAAGAAAAUGGCCAACCUCGUCUAAACACCGUCUGG